GUUAUUUUCUAUUAAGAUAUCUUUACUUUUACUCAAUUAUGAAAACGGGGUACUUUUUUCAACACUGAGAAGAUGCAUUGUAUUGUAGAAAUAGGCGCGGUUUCUGACUUUGUGAAUUUGGUAACUAGUGACGUCCUGGUUUUAUUUUUUACAGCAGAUCUUGUGCACUUUCCUGUGGCUGACUACACAGUUGGGUUGCAACCUGCAACCACUACCGCUACAGCGAGGUACAGAAGAAUGGAAAACUCGUUAAGACAAUGAAGAGGUCUUCAGGUUACUAUUUCUCUUUAAUACAUUUGGAAACAUUUCAUGUUCUGCAGUCAACCUCGGAUAUGGUAUGCCCAAUAAUAUAACUUGAACCCUAUGUGCCAUACCAGUGGAUGACAGAUCUCUGUGAGGGAGGGAUGGAUGACCUGUGGAGUAUAACGACUUUGUUGCUGCAGGUGUGGUUCUCCGUGAUGAUUGGGCUCAUCAUGAUACCUGCUAUGUUUGGCCUCUCCCUGGGGGUCACUUCGGUCUAUAUUCAGAUUCUGGUCAAAAUAUUGGAGUGGGCCACCCUGCGGAUCCAGAGAGGACACAGGGAUCGACCCACUCUGCCCGUGCCUGCUCCGCUACCCAAUGGACUCAUCCAGAGGGAGGGUGGCUCUAUGGAACAGGAGAUGGGGGAGCUGCGUCGGUAUCGUACCCAGUCCAUAUCGAGGGGAGAGUUUGCGCUGAGCGACUCAUUCUACUUCUACAGAAAGGGCCUGGAGAGCAUCGUGGAUGACCAGGUCACUCAGCGCUUCUCCUCUGAGGAGCUGGUCUCCUGGAACCUCCUGACCCGCACAAACCACAACUUUCACUACAUCAGCCUGCGCCUCACCGUCAUCUGGGUCCUGGGCGUGAUCAUACGUUACUGUGUCCUUUUCCCUCUCAGGAUAACCCUGGCAAUCAUAGGGAUUAGCUGGCUGGUGAUCGGGACAACUUUGGUGGGGUUUCUACCUAACAGGAGAGUGAAGAACUGGCUCAGUGAGUUAGCCCAUCUGAUGUGCUAUAGGAUCUGUGCCAGAGGCCUCUCUGCCACCAUCCAAUACCACAACAAAAAUAAUAAACCACAAAAAGGAGGAAUAUGCGUAGCAAACCACACCUCACCUAUUGACAUUGUCAUUUUGGCCAAUGAUGGAUGCUACGCUAUGGUGGGUCAAAGUCACAGUGGGCUGAUGGGGGUCAUCCAGAGAUCAAUGGUGAGGUCCUGCCCACAUGUGUGGUUUGAGAGGUCGGAGAUGAGAGACCGGCAUGCUGUUACCAGUAGAUUGAGGGCUCAUGUUGCAGCGAAGCGCAAUCUACCCAUUUUGAUUUUCCCAGAGGGAACCUGCAUCAACAACACAUCAGUCAUGAUGUUCAAGAAGGGAAGCUUUGAGAUUGGAGGGACAAUAUACCCAGUUGCAAUCAAGUAUGACCCACGCUUUGGAGAUGCCUUCUGGAACAGUGCCAAGUACAACAUGGUGAGCUACCUACUGAGAAUGAUGACCAGCUGGGCCAUCGUGGUCAAUGUAUGGUACCUGCCCCCAAUGACCAGACAGGAAGGGGAAGAUGCUACCAAGUUUGCCAACCGAGUGAAGUCUGCUAUUGCACAUCAGGGAGGGCUGUUGGACAUGGCAUGGGAUGGGAGCUUGAAGAGAGACAAGGUGAAAGAAGAAUUUAAAGAGCAUCAACAGAAGAUGUACAGCAGUAUGGUUGUGGGAAAGAAAGCUAGAAACUCACAAGAGCCUCACACAGAGAGCACCAAUAGCUAAUGACAUUGGAAUUAACAUUGGACAAUCUCUGACAGUGGGCGAUAACUUCAAAGUAUUUUACAUACUACAAUGCAUACGGACUGAAGUAAUUCCAAAUCAAUGGCCUUUGUUAUUGAAUACACAGAUUCAUUAUAAUUGUGUGGUAUCAGACUCUGAUACGCAACAUAUAGUUUAUCCGUUUUUAAUGCAUGAAAUGCCUUUUCUUUUUUUUAUUGUUUUAUAGAAACUGAAACAUAUCAAACUUAACUGCAAGUAGUACUAAUCUGUAUGAUAUUAAAUGAUCUCUGAUAAUGUUACAGUAAUACUACGUUUUCAGAUUGCACUAAACUUAACAUUAUUCAAGAAUGUGUUUACGUUGACACAGAAUUUGUACUGGUAUUAGUAUUCAUUUGUUCAAUUUUCUUUCUUAUGUUACGUUAUGCUCCUUACAAUGCAACUCCUGACCCUAAAUAGCCCCCUACAAUAUACACUGAGUGUACAAAACAUUAAGGACAUCUGCUCUUUCCAUGACAUAGACUGACCAGGUGAAUCCAGGUGAAAACUAUAAUCCCUUAUUGAUGUCACUUGUUAAAUCCACUUCAAUCUGUCUAGAUGAAGUGGAGAAGACCGGUUAAAGAAGCAUUUUUCAUUCUUGAGACAUGGAUUGUGUAUGUGUGCCAUUCAAAGGGUGAAUGGGCAAGACAAGAUAUUGAAGUGCCUUUGAACAGGGUAUGGUAGUAGGUGCCAGGCGCACCGGUUUGUGUCAAGAACUGUGACGCUGCAGUUUUUCAACAGUUUCCCGUGUGUAUUAAGAAUGGUCCACCACCAAAAUGAUAUCCAGCCAACUUGACACAUCUGUGGGAAGCAUUGGAGUCAACAUGGGCCAGCGUCCCUGUGGAACACUUUUGACAUCCUGUAGAGUCCAUGCCCCGACUAAUUGAGGCUGCUCUAAGGGCAAAAGGGUUGGAGUGGGGGACACAACUCAAUAUUAGGAAGGUACUCAUAAUGUUUGUUCACUCAGUGUAUACUGUUCACCCAUGGUCAUGUUUGAAGGUGCUUUGAUCAAAGUCCAAAACAAAGACUGGGGGUUUAUUGUUAAUUAUUUACAUCAUUUAAAUGUUAUGAAAUCUACAUUUUGGCCUGGUCCAGAAACAACCACUUGCCCUGCUCUAACCCUUAGCCACUUAUGCAGAUCUGAGAGGGUAGAUGUAUAGGUAUAAAGAAUAUGGAAAUGCCUAUUUGACAUUUACAUGUUAGUCAUUUAGCAGAUGCUCUUAUCCAGAGCGACUUACAGGAGCAGUUAAGGUUAAGUGCCUUGCUCAAGGGCACAUCGACAGAUUUUUCACAUAUUCGGCUCGGUUACUGGCCAAACGCUUUUAAUCGCUGGGCUACCUGCUGCCUAUAGAGGCUUAUUAGAAGUUGUCUCUGGACCUAUACUGAACAAAAAUAUAAACGCAACAUGUAAAGUGUUUAUACAACGUUUCAUGAGCUGAAAUAAAAUAUUCCAGAAAUGUUCCAUA